AUGGAUUGUGAUGCUUUGGUGGCCAAGAUUGCGGGUCGUAUCGAUUCUUGGUUGGUUUGGCAUUUGUCUUUUGCAAUGAGACUUCAGCUAAUCUCUUCUAUACUCUUUAGUCUUCAAGUUUUUUGGGCUAGAGUGUUCAUUCUCCCUAAGAAAGUGAUCCGACUCAUUGAACAGAAAUUCAACAGAUUUUUGUGGAGUGGGAAGGAUACCAAAGCUAAAGCUAAGGUUGCUUGGGACAAAGUCUGCUUUCCAAAAUCUGAGGGGGGUCUUGGGCUUAGGAAACUUGAUAUUCUCAAGUUCCGGGAUGUAGCUAAGGAGUUUCUGAGCUUUAAAGUUGGGAAAGGUCAUGAUAUAUCUCUUUGGUUUGAUGCUUGGCACCCGGCUAGUAGGCUUGUUGAUAAUUACGGAUUUCGGAUAGUUUAUGAUUUCGGGAUUGGCAUUGAUGCUAAACUAGCUGUUGUUCUGCAAAAUGGCAAUUGGAUUUGGGCCCCUGCUCGCUCGAAAGCAUUGGUAAAUAUUCAGAGCCAACUUCCGAGUAUUACCAUUGGUGCAGAUGAUGUCCCUGUGUGGAAAUCGAUUAAAGUGGAAGUUAGAACUCGUGUUCUGUCUAGUAGGAAGUUGAAGAACAUCUCGGGUAGUCUUGCUCAGCAGUGGCGUUUGUAA